UCGAACAUCACUAGAAGGGAACACACUAAAGGAUUGAAACAUAACCCCAACAUGGCGGACAGUUUGGACGCUUUAUUAGACGAGGUAGAAGCCAUGUUUUGUCGAGAGAUUUCGCUGUCGCAUCGGCCUUCAUGCACUUUUAAAGCCGAGCAAGACAGCCACAGACCGCAAAGAAAUAAUGACUACGUGCACAGCAUUUCAAAACCACAUGAAGCUGAAGGAGUGGACAAUAACAUUGAGGCUGUGCUUCAGGAAAUACUAGAUGAUGAUUAUCCAGCCUCCACUUCACAUAGACCUGUUUUAACAAAGUCUUCUUUUGAAACAGCUUUAAAGAAGUGUUGCCCUGUGUAUUUGGGUGGAAGCUCUAUAGCAAGUGGUGUAGGAACAAGUGUUACGCAGAGAGCUUGUGACCAGUUAAGAUGCACAUCUUGUGACUUUCGCGUCAUUAUGUUUGAUGAUCAGGAGUGGGACUCUUCUUGUGACUAUCUGUUUUUCAGAAACAACAUGCCAGACUGUAACAAGUUGGGAGUGAAGUUAAAGAGGAAGCAAGGCGCUCGGGCAUAUGCCUGCCAGUGUAGCUGGCACUCUGCCAUCGCUCUGUCCGAACUCCGACACCUACCUAAGCUCAAGUGGGUUUGUGGCCAACACACAGCUUGCUGAUUUUUGUAUCUGACUCCCAAGUUGCAGCUAUUCAAAAGGGAUACCAAUCAACACUCAUCAUGUGCUUUCCACUUAAUAGAAGAUGCUGGACAUUUUCUGUAUUCUUUUUUCCCAGACAAUGGAAAUAGUAAGAUAGAAGUUCGAUGUUUAAUGUAGCAUUAGAGCAAUCAUCAUUCCAGCAUUAAGUGUCUAAUAUAAAAUAAUAUAAAAUGUAAGAUAUUAAUGUAUAUAUUACAGAUACUACAUUGCUGUUUACGAGUGAAGUGGAUUUUAAAGACAUUUGCAGUGAAAUUCAUUCAUUUAUAAGAAUUUAGUUGAACAUAAUGCAUAUAUAUUUAACAGAAGUCAAAUAAAUGAAACUUAAGUAGCAAGUUAAGUUCCCCCCCUUUUUUUGGCCAUGUGCGCUUUGAAUGCCUCUAUGACUGAAAUGUUUUUUGUUUUGUUUUUUGCCUAUAGAAAUUUUCUUCUCAUAAAGUCUAAUUUUAUAAUGUGUUACAGAUUUGUUUCUAUUUAUUGAAACUGUUGUAGAAUGUCAAACACUUUUGUUCGGUUCAAAAGAGAUUAAAGGAGCAUGUACAUAGAAAAUCGCAAAGACUUUAUUUUAAAAUAUAACAUCUAACUAAAUAAAUAUGAUAGCAACCAUUUCAUGGAGAAGUGUCUUGAUCUGAGCUUGUCAGUGAUGGCGGCUUCAGCAUUCACCAGUUACUGACAUCAUCAUAGUCACUGUCUGAAGAGGAAUGGACUGAUGGUUCACUUCUAGCAAAGUAGCUCUUGUCUAUUUCUGCGACAUUUUCAUACGGUUCCUCAGAUGAUGUGCUGCUGUCAUCUAAAGACAAAGGAAAGCUAAAAGGAUUACUGCAUUCAAAAUGCACUUAAUACACAAACACACCAUAACCUUAAUAGCAGCAUAAAUGUUGGUGUCAGAUAGGCUAGUUUGAGUAUUUCAGAACCUACUGAUCUUUACAUCCAUCUAUAAAGUUAAUGGUGUAAAAAUCUCCAAUGAGAGGCGGUUCUACAUGGCAGAACAUUUUCUAGUUGAGAGAAUUGGCAAACAGUAUCAAGCUAACUGGAAGGCUACAGUCACUCUAACCAUGCAUUACCAUAGUGAGCAAAAAAGCAGCUUGGAAUGCUCACCCAAACUGGACAGUCGAAUGAUUUGAUUGAUGAUUUGCUAAUCUUCAGCUGUGCAGUUUGCAGCUGUAGCCUUAGAUGUCUGUUCUAGGCUGAGUGGAGUAGAACUCAAUGUGGUCUUGUAGCUGGUUAGUCCAUCCUAGUAAAUGUCCCUUGACCUGUUGCAUUUUACCCCACAUAACUGCCACUGACUGGAUGUUUUUCACACUAUUCUGUGUAAGCCCUAUAAACCUUUGUGUGUGAAAAUCCCAGGAGAUCUGAAAUACACGUAACAGCACCAUUCUAGCACCAACACCUAUGCCACCGUGCUAAUGUUACUGAAAUUACAUUUUUCCCCAUUCUGAUGUUUUAUGUGAAUAUUAACUAAAGCCUUAGACCAGUAUCUGUAUGAUUUUAUGAAAUUGGUUGCAGCUUUUUUUUUUAUAUAUAUAUAUAUAUAUAUAUAUAUAUAUAUAUAUAUAUAUAUAUAUAUAUAUAUAUA